AUGAAAGGAGGCCGAAGAGCUGGAGGUGCAAGUGAUGGACAUGAGAGGGUGCUUCGGAAGGAGCAUUUGAGCACUUUAAUGGCUAUCGGUAAUCUCGCGUUCACACUCAAGUCCCAAAACCAUCACGAGGAGGCCAUCUUAUUGAUGGAAACAUGCUUUCAGUUGCGCAAACAGAUCCUUGGCGGUCAUUACCUGGACACAGAGUUGUCGCUUGAAACAUUAACUUAG